CUCUAUAAGGAGGGAGGAAAACUCGUGAAUAUUUUCCACUCAAGGUCAGAAAGGAAAAAGCCUCCUGCCUCAUUACACAUGUCUUGCCUCCCCAGGUCUGACCUAUCAGAAACAUGGCAACCAGUGCCGUCCCCAGUGACAACCUCCCCACGUACAAGCUGGUGGUGGUGGGAGAUGGGGGUGUGGGCAAGAGCGCCCUCACCAUCCAGUUUUUCCAGAAGAUCUUUGUGCCUGACUACGACCCGACCAUCGAAGACUCCUACCUGAAACAUACGGAGAUUGACAAUCAAUGGGCCAUCCUGGACGUUCUGGACACAGCCGGGCAGGAGGAAUUCAGCGCCAUGCGGGAGCAGUACAUGCGCACAGGGGACGGCUUCCUCAUCGUCUACUCGGUGACAGACAAGGCCAGCUUCGAGCACGUGGACCGCUUCCACCAGCUCAUCCUGCGCGUCAAGGACAGAGAGUCAUUUCCGAUGAUCCUCGUGGCCAACAAAGUCGAUCUGAUGCAUUUGAGGAAAAUCACCAGGGAACAAGGAAAAGAAAUGGCGACCAAACACAAUGCACAGCGCAGGCCCCUGGCCUCCUUGGUCAGUUACAUAGAAGUCCACUCUGCCUGCUGGGAGGUCUGCUGCAAGGUUGCCCCAUCCCCCUGCCUGGUGGGCCCAGCUGUGUGAGUAGAGGAAGGGGGCUCACUGCAAGUUACUUCUGCUUGUCUGUGCCUUCUGUGUUCAUUCACAUGUUCACUUAACUGUACUAGGCCCUGGGAAACAAAACCCCUUGCUUUAUGGUUCUUAUGUCUAGUGACAGGAGAAGAUAAUAAACAAAGCAAAUUACAGUGUGUUGGAAGGUGACAUGUACUAUGGAAAAAAGUAAAUCAGGGAAGGGGGUCAGGAAUGUGAGGUGGAGGAGGAUGCUUUUCCAAAUAGGGUAAUCAGAGAAAGCCUUGCUAGGGAGGGUGCAUUUCAGCAAGGACUUACAGGAGGUGGGGGAGUAAGCCCCACAGACCUCUGGGGAAAGAACGUUCCAGCUGAGGGAAUAAUCGAUGCAAAGACCCUGAGGUGGGAGUUUGAGGAUCGGCAAGGCCAGCUGGAGCAGGAGUGGGAGGGGUGGGUAGCGGGAGGUCAGGUCAGAGAAGGGGUUUAAGGCUUUAUGGGCUUUUACUCAGAGGGAGACGGGAAACCACUGGAGGGCUUUGAGUGAUGAGUGAUGAGUGAUGAGGUCUGGCUUAUGGCUGGACAGCUUCUCUCUGGUGGCCGUGUUGAGUAGGGUUGGUAGGGGCCAAUCGUGGGAGCAGGGAAAUGAGUUAGAGGCUGCCACAAUAAUCCAGGUGCAGGUUAACAUGGCCCAGGGUGGGACUCGUGAAAGUGGCAAGGAGGUGGUUGGAUUCUGGACAUGUCUCUAAGAGAGCCAACAGGGUUUGUGCACAGAUUGGAUAUGGGGUGAGAGAGAAAGAAGGGAAUGGCAGGUGACCCUGUGGUUUGGGCAUGAGCAACUUUCAAAAGACAGGAGUGAGAGUAGCUGGGCAGAGGAGACAGUAGGAUUAAGUGUGUGCAAGACAGGAGCUUGCUUGCAUAUCUGUGUCAUUUACAGAGCUGAGCAGAUGAUCAGUUGGAAAUGCCAAGACAGCAGUCAGAUAUAGCAUCUGGGGUAAAUAUUGGCAAUUGACAGCAUGUAGAUGGCAUUUGAAGCCAUGAACACCAAGGGAGUGGGUGUAGGUAGGGCAAGGGCCCCAAACUGAGGGACCGAGGCCGGGACACUUGAACUAGUGAUGUGGGGAAGUGAGGAGGAAGCCAUAAAAGGGCCUGAGUGGUCAGUGACACAUGAGGGCCAAAGCAGAGCAUCAUGAGAGCCAAGUGAAGAAGGUGCCUCAAGGAGGAGGGAGUGAUCGACCAGGACAGGGCUGCCCUGAAGUCUCCAGAGGAGAGCUGGUUCAGCAGCAGGACAUUCUGAACAGAGACAGGCCUGAGGAGCCGGCUCCGUUUCACAGCCUUGGGCUCCAUACACUGGCCUGAGGAGGCUUUCUUAGGGCUUUCACCUUGUGUGUGUCCCUCCCAAGCAGCUGGGUGG